UGUCUUUGCUAGCUCCUCCCGCUAGCUCUCUCUGGGCUCGCUCGCUUUCCCACAAUGCAUCGCGCUCACUCUCUGGAUCAUGGACCAAGGCGACAAUGAUCUCCAAGGAAGUGACGGCUCUGGCAGUCUGGGCGGCCUGGACGUUCGCAGACGGAUCCCCAUCAAGCUCAUCUCCAAGCAGCCCAUCAGGAAUAAACCUCCACCGCGCACCCAGAGAGCCGUCAGCAGACCCUGUAAAAGUGAGCCUGGAGAAGAUGAUAAAUUUGGCUUCAAGCAAGAAGACAGGUUUGAUUGUGGCACUAAAGCUGGUGAUGUAUUUGCAAAUCAGAGAAGAUUUCCCCAGCCAUUGUUUUGGGACUAUAAGUUAAAUUUGAUUGGGGAAAGAGAUGAGAUUCCUAUUCACUUCUGUGACAAAUGUGGUCUACCUAUUCAACUGUAUGGACGGAUGAUUCCCUGCAAACAUGUUUUUUGCUAUGAUUGUGCUUUGCUUCAUGAGAAGAAAGGAGAGAAAAUGUGCCCAGGCCUAACUCUGUACAACUGCACGGAUCCGGUCCAGCGCAUCGAGCAGUGCCAGCGAGGUUCCCUCUAUAUGUGCAGCGUUGUGCCAGGAUGCAAACGCACCUACCUGUCCCAGCGAGACCUGCAGGCCCACGUGAACCACCGUCACAUGAGGGCCCCCAAGUCCUCCUCGGGUCGCCAGGACCCCAUGCACCUUCCCUCUGCUCCCGACGUCUCCGAGCGCUUCCGUGUGCCUCCCCCUCACCUGUCCAAGAACCACGUCCACCUCCCCAACCCCCUCCAGCACAGCAGCCACGACCCCUACAGCCAGCCCCCGCCCCCCACCCCUCACGAAGGCCCUCCUCCCACGUCUGCCUUGGGUCCUGAGACAUUCCGUAUCACCACGGUAACCACUCGUAAACACAGUAAUCUCAUCACGGUGCCCAUCCAAGAUGAUUCUUCCUCCUCCUCCCGGGAACCUCUCUCUGGCGUGCCGGCCCCCAGCCAGCCCCCCCACCACCACCCGGGGGACUAUCCAGGUCAGCCUCCUGUAGUUUCUCACUCUCACCACAUGAUGGGGCCACCGCAGCAGCACUUCGGCCCCCCUCCUCCCCCCCCUCCUCCUAUCAGUCACCCCAUGCAGCAUCCUGCCCAGGCCUCCGGGACCCCUCACCUGGUCUACAACCAGGCCCCCCCUCCCCCCAUGUCUACAGCUCCCCCACCUAUAACCCCCCCACCAGGACACAUCAUGGGCCAGAUCCCCCCAUACAUCAGCCACCCACCUCCAGGACCCCCCCCGCAGCACGCCGGGCCCCCCGUAAACGCGCCCCCACCUCAUCAUUAUAACCCUAACUCCAUGCAGCAGUUCCCUGAAGAUCAGGGGACCCUCAGCCCCCCCUUUAACCAGCCCGGAGGGCUCAGUCCUGGGAUGUGGCCUGCUCCAAGAGGACCGCCACCCCCACGGAUGCAGGGACCCCCCCCACAGGGCCAGAUGCCCGGGCCUCACAUUCCGGACCAGGGUCGAUACCGGCCUUAUUAUCAGUAAGAUAAACUGGAUGAACGGGCAACAGUCAGUCGUUCUGUUCCGUCUUACUGGUCUGACUAAUGUGAUUGUAAACCUCAGGGUUACAGGACGGAUUACUUUGAUUUGGAUGAAACUGCCCUAAAAUGUGCAUGCAGUGCAUAUUUGACUUAACUGCUCCACGUCCCGCUGAACAUACGAGUAACUGGAAGAGUAGGGACGUUCCCUUUUUUAGUAGCUCAUGGUUGAAACCUUUGUAUAUAUGUGGGGGGAUGUCACUUGUACAUUGUCAACAAAUUUCAAUAAAUUGUUAUAGCUGUAUCUAGUUCAUGUUUUUUGAUCACAUAGCUGAUUAAAUUAUACCUGACUUAAUUUGAAAAAAAAAAGCUUUCUGAGAUCAGCUUUUCUGACUAUCUGUCCAAGAAAAAAGUUUAGUUUAAAAAAAAAAAAAAGAUGAUGAAAUAAAAUAUCUAAGUGUUACGUGAGUGGCAAGCAGUACAUCAUGGUCCAAUCUCAAAACUAUUAAGCUUUGAGAAUGCUAAAAUGUGCACAGUCUUACAUUUUAUUUCAAUCUAUUAAUUUGUUUGUAAGUCAUUCCUGAUCUUUGUUAUUGGGAAUCUGCUCACAAUUAUUAUAUAUAUGCAGCUUCUCAUUAAAGAAUAUUUAUCUUUGGAUUUUGACUGUUUUAGCAACAGGGUUGUUUUUGCUCGUAUAAGUUCAAGGCAUAAUGUUGGGUAAUGAAAAUCAGUCUAAAAAUGUUAUCUUGUAACUCAUUCUGAGGCCUGACCUAAGUGUGGACAUCACAUGUUUUGUUGUCUGUCAUAUUUCAUUUCUUAACGGAAACCCAAAGGAACAAGAACAUUACACCAGGUCUGAGAAGGUUAAGUUGUGUUCAUCUUUAUUUUUCCCCCCUACUAAAUAACAGAAAUUGAAAUAAAAUACAGUUUCUUUCACUUUAA